AUGGAGUUCAUCUCCAACAUCACAGUACUGAAAAAGCGGCCAGGAUCCGAGGCUGCUCUGGAAAUGAUAACCAGGGCCGCACGGUUCGUGCAACCCAUCAUGAAAAACCACGGGUUCAAAGUAGGUACUCUGUGUGAGAUGUUCCCCAAACACGCCAACCUAUUGGGUCUCAACGUGAACCAUGGCCAGAAGGUAUGUUUGAGAUUGAGACAGCAUUACGACGACAAGAUGUUCCUACCGUUUGAGAGUAUCAUGGGCACCCUGCUCCAUGAACUGUGCCAUAACAAGUAUGGUCCUCACAAUGCCCAGUUUUACGCGUACCUCAAGGAGCUUGAGGACGACUAUUAUGCAUUAAAGGCACGAGGUUUCAACCCAGAUACCCCUUACGGAUUCCUGGGACCUGGCAAGACACUUGGUAGUGGAGGUGGACGUAAAUUGAACGGUCCAGCUAGUGGUAUUGCAGGCAUUCCAGGUUUGGGUGCUGGUCCUGGCGGAAGAGCUCUACCAAAGACAAAUGUCACACUUUCUCCUUCAAAGGUAGUAAAGCCAAAGACGGGUCGACAAAAGCGAUUCACAGGAACAGGCAAUGUGUUAGGUAGCUCUACCCCCUCUCCACCACCUGUUCCUGGUAGACGAAGGCCGAGGGCUCCUACGCGUGAGCAGAUUCUCGCUGCUGUGGAGAAGCGAAUAGCCGAUACCAAAUGGUGCGCCAGUGAAAACGUGGAGAUAUCCAAGGAGGUCGACGAGAACGACGAUGACGUUGUGUUUCUCGGGGCUAAAAACGCAAGUGAGAUUGAGGUCAUCGACCUCACUUGA